UUCAAUCUUUCCGAAAGAAACGAUUGUCUAAAGAAAAAUAUUUUUCUCAAAUUUUCAUUCUUCUAGUCACUAUUCUUUCUAACAUGGAUAAUAACAUUGCUUUGUCACUUUCUUUAACAUUUUGAGUAUGUUGCUUGCAAGAGAUUUGUAAAGAUAUGUAGUUAUUUUUAUAAAAAUUAUAACAAGUUUUAAAAUUAAUGUGUGCUACUCCUGGCAUCGUUUCUCCUGAGAAAACUGAGAGUAUGUAUUUGUUUUAGAGUUUAAAUUUAAUAUUUUAUUAUUUUCUUUAUAGUAAACCCAGCUGUACCAGUAUACAGUUUGAUUAAGAUGGCGUAUUUCAUUCGAUACACAAGAAAGUAAUUAGAACAUAAAAGAAUUAAGAACGAGAAAUUAAUUUAAAGAGUAGUGCUUUAGUCUGCAAUAAAUAUAUAUGUAUAUGUAUUCUUGUAUAAUAUAUUUGUUAUACAUAUAAAUAUCCAAAUUUGUUGUAAUAUCGAACAAACGAAUUAUCGAUAUAAGUCGAUUAAUUAAAUCUAAAAGCAUGGCAUUUACGUCCAUUGUUAUAUCGGUGCAGAUUAAUUUUAAUCUCGGUUUAAUUUACUUUUUAUCCACUUCUAAUUCACAGAACUACAAAAGGAUUAAAAGUGAGUUAAACCGAGAUUGAACUUAAUCUGCAUUGACAAUAAUGAACAUCGGGGAAACAAUCUUUUUGUAUUAAAAAAAAAAAGUACAAAAGCAGUGCGGAUUGGGUUUCGCGGAAGUGCAAAAAGUGCAGGCGGAUUGACAGCGGGAAAAGUGACGGCAUUUGUUUGGCGCAAUGUGCGAGAGGAGGUAAUUUUACGAAAUCAGUAUUACGCGUCGCUGUUUGACAUAAUAUGGACAAUGAUAGUAAGGAAACCGAUAUCAAGGGCAGUAUUGAGGACGAUAAGGAAAAGAGAAUGAAGGCACUUUUAUUAUUAAAACGGAAAAUGUGCAAGACACAUGAUUUAAUUACCCAGUAUUCUGAAAAGAUGAAGGAAACUAAUUAUUUAAAAUCGAAUUUGGAAAACUUGAAGAAAGAAGACAUGGACACGAUAUCGAAGUACAAGGCUGCCUUAGAUAACAUGAGAAAGCUGGAUGUUAAAGUUGUAGCAUAUAAAGAAAGAAAUAAAGAGCUAGAAGACAAGGUAAAUGAUUACGAGAUACAUAAAGUUGCAGAUAAACAGAUAAUACAACAAUUAACAUAUAAAAUAGCUGAAGUGGACGGCGAACUUUCAACUAAAGUUAUGGAGCACGAACUGCAAAAGUCAUCUUUUGAAGACAGAAUUGAAGAGUUGGAAAUUGAAUUAAAACAGUCGAAGAUGAAAUCCACGCCCAAGAAAAAAGAAAAAAAGAUACUUUCUACAGAUUUUGAUACGAGUGAAUCAAAUAUAGAUACAACAUCACCUAAAUCAAGUUCGGAUGUUGGUAUUAAUGUAUCAUUGGGUGAAUUGAGUGUAAAGCGCGAAGUUCAAGACAAAAGCGUUAUGACUGACGAAUUUUAUAACAUAAAAGAUGAUCCACAUCCAUUGUUUUGUGCAAAAUGUGAAACUCAUUUGCCUUCGGACUUAACUCCUGAAAUGAUAUGCAAAACUAUGAGCGCAUACCCAGAAUUACUUUCCAGAGAUUUGUCUCCUCCACUGAGAAAGACUUAUUUGCCGCCGUGUUCAUUAUCCAGUACGUACAUGGACUCUGUAAAUAGAAAUAAUAAUCACUCUAGAACAUCUGUGCCACAACUUAGUCCUUAUAGUUCAUAUAGUGAAUCGAUAGCUGACAAUUCGAAAUCUCAAUCAGGACGAUCAUCCUCAAUAGACCAAAUAAGCGAAAAUGUUGAAUUAAGCAAUGUGGAUAUUUCAUGUAUACCAGUUGUAGCCGGUCUAUCCAAUAAUCUCGGUUCUGUUCCUACAGCACUCGCUUUAUCGCAAAAUAGAACUUACGCAAGGCAAGAUUUAAGUUCUGACUUGUUAACUGAACACUCUUCGUCUAUUAAAGAUUUAGAAAGAAAAUUUGAGUUAUUAGAAAACAAAAUGAAAAGGAUUCAGAGGCUGAAGGCGAAAGAUAACAAUUCCUGUUGUCGUCGCAGUAUAAAUGGUGGCGAUAAUACAUUGAAUUCGAAUCUGAUUUCUAUAAUAUGUAAAGGUAUGGCAGAAUAUUAUGAUGAGAAAAGACAGGCGCAAUUUAAAAAUAAGCGACUAAAUAAUUCGAAAAUGUGUAUACGCGCGAAAAGGGCGAAGCUGAGAAAGAGACAACUGUUGAACACAAGUAAUGCAUGUAAAAAUAUAUCGCAUGAACCUGAAAAUGAAGACCGUCAAGUACGAGAUAUGUCUUGUAAUACCGAGAAUGCUACAAUGACGACUGAUAUUUUAUCACGUGAGCAUACGUUGUCUGUAAAGGAUGAUUUACUUUCGAAUGUAAAUACCUCUAGUACGUUUCGUAACGGCAUUGGUGAAUUUGACAAAAGAGAGUUUGUUCAUCAUGAAAAAAGUAUAUUGCAUUCAACACACGUCGAAUCUGUCGAAAAUAAUUCAACAAUAUCACGUUUAAGCACUGAUGAAACAUGUGGAAUUAAUGCAAAGGAAAAUGUAAUAAAAACUAAAGCCCAAAAUAUACAUGAAGAUAAGGGUGGCGAAAUAUAUGCAAGCGAUACUCUCUUAAGCGAGGAUAACGUAGGAGCUAUUGAUACGAAUAAUCGAACGAAAACUGGAAGAACAUCUUUAUCUAAUGAUGAAAAUUUUACUGAUAAUGCUGAUGACAAAAUCGUUGGGAUUGAUACAGAAGGAAAUGAAAUAAAAGAUAAGGACCAAAAUAUACAUGAAUAUGUGGUUGGCGAAACACAUGCAAACAAUAAUCUUUCAAACAAAAGUAAUGUAAAAGUUGUCAAUAUGGAUAAUGAUACAGAAACUGGAAUGUCAUGUAAUGAAAAUUCUACUGAUCAUGCUGAUGGCAAAGUUAUCGAUAUUGUUGCAGGAAAAAAUCUGAUAAAAAGUAAGGGUCAAGAUAUACAUAAGGAUAAGGACGACAGUGUUAAAGCAGAGGGAAACAAAAUAAAGAGAAAAGGCCAAUAUAUUUGUAAAAGUAAAGUUGGCGAUCGCAUAUUAAAGAACCUUCGGAUCUUGAAAAGGGCAUCGCAUCCAAAUAAACGUAUAAAUAAGCAAGACACUACUGAUUUAUAUUCCGAUUAUAGUGAAGCAAGCUCCGAGCAUGAUGAAUUAGCGAAGAAGUCGCGAAUUGAAAACGAAGAGGACAGCUGCGAUCUGUCAUUAGAGAAAAUUAGAAAUUUAAAGAGAAAUUUAGAUACACGAGUAGAGUCCAGAGAACAAGAAGAUAAUAAACUAUGCUCCGACGAUUAUGAACCGGCGAGAAAACGAAUUGCACAUACCCCGAAAACGCCAGUUCUUCCAUUGAGCGUCAACGAAACUAAUUAUACACAUAGCACAAUAAGAAGUAUAGCUACCGUUGCGACUCGACAAGUUAGUAGAAUUCAACGACUAGAUACAUGUGCUUCGAAAGUAAAUUUAAGUAACUUAACUGAAAGCAACACGAGUCGCACAAUAACUAAGAAAUGUGAGGGAAGCGUCGAAUUUAUUGAAACAAAUAGUAUUGCUGGUAGAAAACCUAUAAACGAAAAAAAUUUAGCUUUGACGACUGUUGAAGAUCGCCAUCAACACAAUGAUGUCGCUCUGUCUACUAACAAUAUCGAUUGUGAUUCUGAGUUUGAGAAGAGUAACGACGUCCCGAUUGAAGAUACAAUCAACAAAAGUGUCUCAAUGGAUAGGGUAAUAGGAGAAACGUCGAGCAAUGGUGACGAGCCGAAUGUGUUACAUAAUAAUAUCGCAAACGACUCAGAAUCAAUUCCAAUGAAAACAAUUACCCAAUCGAAGUCCAGUACCCUCUGUAAAGACUCAAAGUGCGACAGACCUACACUGAAAAUAAUUGAAAUGAGAAAAGUAAAGCACUUGGAAAGCACUUGGAAAGUACUUGGAAAUAAAAGUCAUGACGAUCACGAAGUAUCGAAGGAUGCGAUUUCGAAUGGCGAGUCGUCGGUUCUACACGGUCGAUCAAACUUGCUAGAAACAAUGCGAAAUAAAAGUUGUAAUAAUAGCGAUACAUCUGAUGGAACUACUGAAGUACUACGUUCACCCAUACUAAGAGACAGUGGUAUUGUCGAAAAUAUAAAUGACAGUAAUGUGAAAGAAUCUCUCUACGAAACGAAGAAUUCAGAAGGAGAAGAAACAUUCAUUAGUAAUAAAACAAUUAGGAUACGGUCCAUAGAGAUAAAAAGAAAUGCGUGUGCGAAUCAACAACGUAAAACGAAGUUUAUCGAUACUUUUAAUCAUCUUGUCAAGGAGUCCCAGAGCGAUAACAAUAGUGAGACAGCUGACGAAGCUACUGAAGUUCUAUGUUCACCGUCAUUGAGAGAUAGCGGUGUCAUUUGUGAUGAUUCUAUAAAUGACAGUAACACGAAAGAGUCUGUCAAAGGAAUAAAAAACACAAGAAAUAAACGAGAAGAAACGUGUGUUAAUAAUGAAACAAUUAAGGUACAGGCUAUUCAGACUCGGAAAAAAAAUAUAAGCAUGAGUCAACAAGAUAAAGAAACGAAAUCUUCUGAUGUCUCUCAAGUUGAUGAGAAAUUCCAGACGCCAAUGUCAAAAUUAAUGGAAUAUAUUAAGCCUAUCAAGAAACACAAGUUAUCAAAUAGAAAAAUAAAAUACAUUUGCAAAAUAACAGACCAAUUUGUGAAAAACCAAUUAAAAAGACUUAUAAGCAGUGCCUGGGAAGAGACUAUACAUGACAAUAUAGUACAAACAUUAGGAAGUACAUGUAGACCUCGGAUCAUAGCCAAAUGUAUAGUGGAGUUUUUAUUGGAGGAUGUCGAUCAUGAUGAACUUGUGAAUAAAUCAUUUACUCCUCCAGCACCACCUUUGACGACCUUUGAACAGAAGAUUGUAGCGUUAUUGUUCGAUUUGGAAGCGUUGAAACCAACGGUGAUUUAUUUCGUACAAGCCGGCAUCGAAUACAAUCUGUUUAGACUUAACAGCUCUGUGACGAAGGUGCAAAUUGACACGCUCACACGGGUUUACGUCGUCCUGUCGCGUAUUCAGAAGGAUAGAGAAAAAAUACGCAUGAUAUGCUGUAAUGCUCUCUAUGGCAUGGGUGGGAACUCAAUAGGCGUUUUGUAUACAGCAAUAACAUCCUGGCCUGAAGUUAUUCCAAAUAGCGAGGCUAACAAAGAAAUAUUACCGAGGGUCAUAGUCUUUCUCAUCAGGUCGAUGGUGUUUGGAAAGUUUAAGGGAGGUUUGGAUCCUACACUAGACAGAUUACUCAACUUAAAACGUCUUUUAACGAAAUUUUAUAAUUAUAAUUGUGCAACUGAAGAAACAGAAAAGAAUAUUGUUAAGGACCUUAUGACUGCUCUUAAAGCUAAACGGAUGAAUGGCUUAGAUACAGCCAUCAUACUUGUUGCAAAGAGAGAAGGACCGGCUUCGACGUAUAACAAUAUUAUUAAAUCUAAUCUAUUGCCAAUGAUCAUUAAUAAUGAGCAUCCUUGUGUAUAUAGCGCAUUUUCAUUACUUGGAAGGCUUUUACGCGCAUUCCCACAAGAGGAUAAAGAUAAUAUCGUGAGAGACAUCAGCGAACAGCUUUGUGACCUUAUCAAUUCUGGCCAAGGUUCACACGAUCAACAAGAAGGCAUAAUAUCUGCAUUGAUCAGCCUUUCUAGACACAAAUUCGAAUUUGUUGCGCCGUCUGUGAUAAAAUGGACGCCGGGCAAAGCUUUAAGGCCAAUUUUGAACACGCAAUUACAAUCGUUUAUAAAUUUGCGUAAUUCACAGUUUUGGAAGAUUUACUUGAAUAAGCUUAAUGAGGGCAAAUAAACAUUAACCUCUAAAGUAAAACGUGAAUUAUUUGUUUCAAUCGAAGAAGUGUAGUAUGUAUAUCUUUCAACUAUUGUAUUAGAUAAUCUGCUAGACACAGUCAAUGUAGCAGAAUUACAAUGAGAAACGAGACAUUAACUAUAAAUAUAAGGUUUAGAACAUUUCGAUAUAGUUCAAUGCUUGCAUUACAUUUUGUUUUAGCAGAAUUAUAGUUUAAAGCAGAUAUAAUUGUAUGAUGUAAAAUAACUUGGAGUUAUUCAAACUGAUAUCUAAUAUCUAGUUUUUAUUUAGUUCUUUUUUAUUAAUUCAUAUAUUAUUUUUUUCUCUUAAACGCUGUACAAAUCUGCUUUAAGUUGUUAAAAAUUGUUUUUUAGUUUUAGUAACUUCAGAAAAAUUUCACUUAAUUUUGUUAUAAAAUCUUAAAAUAUUUCCUCAAUUUGAAACAAUAUCCUAUUUUGUAAAAAUAUAUAGGUAUUAUCAAAUUAUAUCUUUUAUAUUGCUUACUAUAAUAUUUUUUAUGAAAUUCCUCUAAUGUAUAUAUCCCAAAGACAAUUACAUUUCCGUUUAAAAAUUGGAAACGCUUGAAAUAACAUGUCUAAAGUGGCCAAACCAAAUAGUAAUUUAAACAGAACGUGAAUUAAAACAUUAGAAUAGACUCCUCGCAGAGAAUUAUGAAUAAUAUAUUUGUAGACACCAGUCUCUAUUUGAUUUAACCAAAAUUUAAUAUGUUUCGUGUCCUUUAAACGCAGUAUAGUUAUCCAGCGAAAAAUACAAUAAAACGAAAUAUCUGAUAAAUAUUUAUAAUAUUCCGAUUUCACGAGUGAUACAUUGAAUUGAAUUUGAUUCCUAAAAUGACAAAUAAUUGCGGGAGAAACGACAUAAUAUUAGUUCACACAGCGGAUACUUCUACUUUGUAAUGUAUUAUCCAAAUAUAUCACAAAAAUGUUGCUGAAUAUGUGUGUAUGUGUGUUCGCGCGCGCGUGUCAGAAUAUUAAUAAAAAAAAGAUGUAGCAAUGAAUGAAAUGUGUCAAAUCGAUACUCACGCUGCUUAAGAAUUUCCAAACAAGAUUUCAUAGUUUUUAUUUUAAUAUAAUAAUGAUGAUAAAAGUAAUAUUAUAUAGUAGCAAUAAUAAUAUAUAAUAUAAUAAUACAAUAAUAAUAAUAUUUAACAUAUCGUAAGUUUCCACCCACAGAGCACGCUAAGUUAGUACAUGUACAAGGUUUCUUUACAAAAAUAAUAACAAUGUUCUGGUGCAACAUUGCCGAUCGGUA